AUGGCUGAAUCAACCACCAUCUCCAACACGGAGAAUCUCAUGAAGUACAUGUCCCUCGACCAGCGGGGUAACGUCCAGGCUGAGUACAUCUGGAUCGAUGCCACCGGUGGCACUCGUUCCAAGACCAGGACUCUGUCCAAGUCCCCCAAGUCCGUUGAUGAACUCCCCGAAUGGAACUUCGACGGCUCUUCCACCGGCCAGGCCCCCGGUGACAACUCCGAUGUCUACCUCCGCCCCGUUGCUAUCUACCCCGACCCCUUCCGUCUCGGUGACAACAUCCUCGUUCUGUGCGAGACCUGGGACUCCGAUGGAACCCCCAACAAGUUCAACCACCGCCACGAGGCUGCCCGUCUGAUGGAGGCCAACGCCAAGGAGGAGUUCUGGUUCGGUCUGGAACAGGAGUACACCCUCCUCGGUAACGAUGGCUGGCCCUACGGCUGGCCUAAGGGUGGUUUCCCCGGUGCCCAGGGCCCCUACUACUGUGGUGUCGGUACCGGCAAGGUCUACUGCCGUGACAUCGUCGAGGCUCACUACCGUGCUUGCUUGUACGCUGGUAUCAAGAUCUCCGGUAUUAACGCCGAGGUCAUGCCUUCCCAAUGGGAGUACCAGGUCGGCCCUUGCCAGGGUAUUGACAUGGGUGACGAGCUCUGGAUGUCCCGCUUCCUCCUCCACCGUGUCGCUGAAGAGUUCGGCGUCAGAAUCUCCUUCGAGCCCAAGCCCAUCAAGGGUGAAUGGAACGGCGCCGGUCUCCACACCAACGUCUCCACCGCCUCCACUCGUGCUGACGGAGGCAUGAAGGCUAUCGAGUCCUACAUGAAGAAGCUCGAGGCCCGCCACGUUGAGCACAUUGCCGUUUACGGUGAGGGUAACGAGGAGCGUCUGACUGGUCGUCACGAGACCGGCAGCAUCGACAAGUUCAGCUACGGUGUUGCUGACCGUGGUGGCUCCAUCCGUAUCCCCCGCCAGGUCGCCAAGGACGGCAAGGGUUACUUCGAAGACCGCCGUCCCGCCAGUAACGCCUGCCCCUACCAAAUCACUGGUAUCAUCGUGGAGACCCUUUGCGGUGGCAACUAA